AGGCCUCCAGCUUUAUCAAGAACAAGCUGGCAGCGGCUAAGAGUUACGGGAAGGAGACGCAGAAGAUCUUCACGGACGAGAUGGAGGUCCUCCAGAAGCGCCUCGAGGAGACAGUGAAGAAGAUCGACGCCUUCAAGAAAGAGACGCUCGAGAGAAAGAUGGCCGCCUUCAUGUCGGAGGUGAUGGAGAGCGUCACGGCCGCGGAGGACAAGGUCAAGGUGCUGACGGAGGCGGCGGAGGUGCUCGCCAAGGACGACCUGGACAGCGUCUCCGUCGAGGCCCUGAAGGAGGCGCUGGAGAAGACCAAGGCGGCGGAGAAGGAGGCCCAGGUCGCCUGCGCGGAGGCCAGGAAGACGCUUGGGGCGAAGCAGGCCCAGGCCAAGGCCAAGGGGGACAUGCAGGCCGCAGUCCAGAAGG